CUGAUUCGUUGGAGUCUGUGAACGAAGAGCGAAGGGUGAAAAGUCCUCCAUGCAGAAUGGCUGCCUUUCUUACCCUGUUUGGCAUGGGUUCGGGUGGCCCCAGGAAGGCAGAGGGGGAGAAGAGCAAGAGCAAGGGCAAGCCAACCGUGGAGGACAUCUACACGAAAUACACGGAUCCGAGGCUGCCUCCGGAGGGCCAUAGCAAGAUCGAUGUGGACACGGCCAGGUGAACACAGCGGAGGACGGAGAAAGAGAUCAAGGAGCUGGUCACAUACCUGCACAGGGUCAUCUCAGGUGAGAGGGUGGCUGGUGGAGGGAUGCGGCCUGAAUUUCAGUGCAGAACGCUAAUUCGGUCCAUUGUGGCUCUCUGUGCACUCACUCAGGCAAUCCCCACCUGAAGACCCGUGUCGAGCUGUUCUACCCGUCGGCAGUGCUGCAGAGGCAGCUACUGGGGCUCAUCUGCGCCAACAUUCCCCGUAAGCGCAAUCCCAUUGGACAAGAUGAAGAGGCCUCAGAGAGCGAGGAGGAAGAAGAAGAGGAGAGGAAGAAGAAAAGACGUCGGUCAACGAAGCGGAGGAAGUCGGUGCAGGACGAGUGUGUUCUGUGGAUGGGCCCCCUCACCAAACGAGGAGACAUCGCAGCGUGCCGAAUCUGGCUGCCCGGUAGACCUGAUUGGGCCACCACACCACUGCACACUUGCCUGCCUGAGUGUAUCUUGUGUCGGCGCUGCUGCAGAGGUGUAUGACCCCUGGAUCACCUACACGAAUCGCGUGAUGGUGUACUGCUUUGGGGAUCUCACGGACCCCAAGCCCCACGACAAGAUGCAUCAGAUGCCCUUCUACGCCCUCGUGGGUGACCCCAAGAAGCCAUUCGCCAUGAGAUGUGGAAACCCGAGGUUAGCCUACAUGACUGCUGCACAAAGACACACGGAGACAUGCUUUGGUCUGUCUGUCUGUCUGCAGGUGUGUUCGUCUGAGCCACGUUGUGUACCGUCCCGAUGACCCUUGGCUCAAGAGGGGCGCCAGAAAAAAAUCUAAACGAAAGCGGAGAAGGCCAUCGGCCGGACGGCAGGUGGGUGAGGUGGUGGGCAAAGAAAUGGGCAAGAAACAACACCAAGUACCUUUUCCAACAAUGUCAAUGUCACCUUGUGUGGUGCAGCGUUUUGUUCCGGUCCGGUCGCCGUCUGCAUCAGAGUUCUCAGCAACAGAGGAGGAGGAGGAGGAGGAGGAGCAGGAGGAGCAGGAGGAGGAAGAAAAGGACAAAGGAGAGGAGCUGUCCGCCUUCUCAGCUUCCGAAAGAACUGAGGAGGAGUCAGUCGGUUUCAAAGCGAUCGAGGAAGGACAAGGACAAGAAGAAGAAGAAGAAGAAGAAGCUGAGGAGGAAGAGGCAGCUGAGAGUUCGGCCUUCUCUGAGACGGAGGCCGAGAAGUUCCCAGAGGAAGCUGAGGAGGAACGUCUGGCGGCGGCUGAGCCUGAACUAGCAGAGGGUGAAGGGGAGGGGGAGGCGAUCGUUCCGCCAGAGGCGCCACAGGGGUUGGAAGAAGAACCUGCAGCUGGGGAGAUCCCCACAGAGCCUGUGGAAGUGGCCAAGGAAGGCCCAGCAGCCGCAGCAGCAGCAGCAGCAGAGACCAAGGAAGACCUGUCUGUCUCGGGUUUCUCGGAAGAGGUGACGACUCAAGCCCCGUGUCUCCUGCUGCUGCUGCUGCUGGUGCUGAGCCAUCCCCCUUGGCGGCUGCUGCCGUCGCUGCUGAGGAGGUCUCUUCACUGUCGGUGUCGUUGUUCAGCGAAGAGGAGGGCUCUGAGGCAGAGGCGCCACCGCCACAACGAGAAGAGAUGCCCCCUGCACUGGUGACUGCGCGGCGAGCGCAGAAUGUCCCCAUGCGCAUCUGCUACAGUUGUGGGCAGCCGCGCGACGCGCAUCACCCAAGCUGCCCGGCUGUGAGAAGGCUCAGGGCAUUGCAAAACUCGAAGCUGGUGCAGACCGCCCGGUGAUCGAUCGGUCUGUGGGGGUUGUGUGGUGUUGGUGUUGGGACGCCUGCAUGGCAUGGGUGCUGGACUACCUGCGUGUGUGUCCGUUGGUGGACAUACCAUACAUAGGGGACGAAUCUGUCGGGGGGGCAGAUGCGAGCGUUGAAUGGAAUGCCG